CUCUUCGCGCAGGCAAAGGCGGCGCUGGCUCAGCACAACCUGCUCUGUCCGCCGUCCGGCACGCCCGCCGCGCAGCUCGUGCAGGCGCGCGAGGUGCUCGAGCUCGGCGCCCUCGAUGCGCUGCGCCGCGGCGAGCUCGCCGCCUUUGACCGCUACAUCGGCCUGCUCGGCGUCUUUUGGGACGACUUCCGCUCCGAGCUUCCGCCCUCGUCGGCGCACGAGCCGCUGCUCGGGCUCUCGCUGCUGCGCCUGCUCUCCUCGAACCGCAUCUCGCAGUUCCACACGGUGCUCGAGACGCUCGACGCCGCCCUCGUGGGCAGCCGCUUCAUCCAGCACCCCGUGCUGCUCGAGCGUUGGCUCAUGGAGGGCAGCUACAGCAAGGUGUGGCGCGCGCGCGACGAGGUGCCGCAGCCCGAGUAUGCCGUCUUCAUUGAGAUGCUCAUGCGCACCAUCCGGCACGAGAUCGCCUCGUGCGAAGAGAAGGCGUACGACUCGCUGCCGCUGGGCGAUGCCGCCACGCUGCUCUUCUUCGACAACAUGCAGGACGUGAGCGCGUUUGCCGGCGAGCGCGGCUGGCAGAUCAAUCCCUCGACACAAACGGUGCACUUUGCAAACAAGCUCGCCGGCGCCGGCGCGCGCGACGCCAUUCCGAAGAAGGAGACCAUCGUCUCGAAUCUGCAGUUUGCAAAGGAGCUCGAGAGCAUCGUCUAG